AUUUCUUCAUCGCCAUCUUUGAUUGUUAGCUGUGACUGUAAACAGUAGAUGAUGGAGAGAUCUGCACAGAAAAUGGUGAAAUCGAACGAUGAUGAUGCAUUGAUCGGACUUCCUCCUGGAUUCAGAUUCCAUCCGACUGAUGAGGAGAUCGUCACUCAUUAUCUUACACCUAAAGUUCUGAAUCGGACAUUCACCGCCAUCGCCAUCGGAGAAGCUGAUCUCAACAAGUCUGAACCCUGGGAUUUACCUAAGAAAGCUAAGAUGGGAGAGAAGGAAUGGUUCUUCUUUUGUCAGAGAGAUCGGAAGUAUCCAACGGGGAUGAGAACCAAUCGAGCGACGGAAUCUGGUUACUGGAAGGCUACCGGAAAAGAUAGGGAGAUAUUCAGGGCGGUGCGGAAGUUGGUAGGGAUGAAGAAGACAUUGGUGUUCUACAAGGGGAGAGCUCCGAGAGGGGAGAAGACGAAUUGGGUGAUGCACGAGUUCAGAUUGGAAGGCAAAUUCUCAUAUUACAACAUGCCUAAACCAUCCCAGGAGGAAUGGGUUGUAUGUCGUGUUUUUCACAAGACGACAGGAGCACAAAAGAGCCCGGUUUCGGAUCACGGGUUAAACUCCUACGUCGAAGAUCUCUUGGAUAGUCCAUCAUUGCUACCUCCAUUGAUGGAUCCUUCAGCCAUGAAUCUUGAUCCGACCUUCGCUACCAACCCAAUAUGCUAUUUCUCUCAUACCCGACCUGAAAAACUUGAAGACAAUCAAGAUUAUAAAAAUAUCCUUGUUUCUUCUUGUAAUUACAACUUCGACACCAACACUUACCAAACCGAUUUGUCUAACCAAUACGUUAGUAAGAAUCUACCCUAUCUUGCAUCCACAUCAGCCCUUUACUGGUCAAAUACGGAUUUCAAGAAAGAGAAGGAUCAACAUUGUAUUGGAUCCGAAAAGACAAGUGUGUCCCGGGAUACUGGAGUAAGCAACGAGAUGACUGCUACUACUACCGAGACAUCAUUUACAUCCUUGUUAUCAAAAGAUGGUUUGAGACACACGGAGUACGACCCCGAUGAUCAUGUUGGCACAUCUACGUUUUCAGAGCUGGAUUCGUUGUUGGAAUAUUAACCGAUCUGUUCAUAUAUAUAUAUACACACACUUAAACUUGAUUUCUUAGUUUUUGUCCAUAGAAACUCUUAGGUAAAUAGUGAGUGGAUUUCUCAAUAUGUUCUUGAUUUAGGGUAGAAAAUUGAUUGAUUUAAAGAUAAAAUAAACUUGAUGUGAAUUGUUUUG